AUGCAAGGUCAAAACAUUGUAAAGAUCAAUAUCCCAGAUCUUGAAAAAGUUGAUAAACACAUUCGUGAGGUCAUACAUAGUAAUUAUAAUGCUCAAAUAAUCGAUAGUGACAUAUUUAUUAAGUGCGAUGGAAAAAAUAAAGAAGAUAUUCAACUUGAACUUGCAUUUUCGGCUAGGGUACAUAAUCCAACUUGGUCCGUAUCAUUAAAUACAAUAUGUGUGGCUGGAGGCAAUAGUUAUCAACCUGAUAUUGGCAUCUGGUUUCAAAAGCCAACGUAUGCACAACGUAAUAGUCCAAUUGUAAAUCGGUGUCCACCACCAAAUGUAUACAUAGAG